AAUUCAAGGAACAUCUCGCCGGAAACAAUGUCAUAAAAUCUUCUGGCGUCACCCCUUCCAUUCCCUCUCAAGAACUGCAGCGACAGUUUAUGACCUCUAGUGAUGACCAAGCGGAGAGAAGCAAAGAUGCUAUACUCAAUGAGCAUGCUGUUUUGAUCUCCCCCUUGCUUGAGCAGCACGGAUACAGCCUACCUUCUCAAUGUGCACUACUCGGAAGAAUUGCUGGACCUGCGAGCGGAAUUCCAGAUCCCAGAAUCAUGUUGAAUACAAAUAUUCCCUUUUCCGCCUUUGUUUGUGGCGUACAAGGCAGUGGAAAAUCGCACACCACUGCUUGUAUGAUCGAAAACUGCUCAAUGGCAAUACCAGCAUUGGGAACACUCAAAAUGUCUGUUUCAACCCUUGUGCUGCAAUUCGAUGAGUAUACCUCAACAGUGAGCUCGCAACCCAGUGAAACAGCCUUCCUAGCCAGAUUCUUGCCACAGUAUGCACAUGAAAGGCCAGUCCCAGUACGUGUUCUAGUAUCUCCAACAAACUUUUACAACCUUCAGAAGAUGUACUCUCAAAUUCCCAAUAUUGAGGUUCGACCAUUCAGGCUUCAACCUAAACACCUCAAUAUUACUAUGAUGCUUUCGCUCAUGUCUGUAUCUCAAAGCGGUGGGAUCCCCCUAUAUAUGGCACAAGUUACUCGGGUCCUUCGGGAUAUGGCGAUGGAGAGUGGCGGCUGUUUUGAGUAUUCCGAGUUCCGGUUCCGUCUGAAUGCUCUCAAAUUGCAACGAUCUCAGACACCUUUUCUAUACCAAAGACUGGAUCUACUGGACUCAUACCUUGACCUUGACGGAAAAGGUGUAAGUGACUAUUUUGUUGACGGCGGUGUCACCAUUCUAGACCUGUCGUGUCCUUUUGUUGAUCAAAGUACUGCGUGCAUUCUCUUCCGUAUCGCUAUUGACCUGUUCCUCUACGCGCAUCCUUCCCGAGGGAAGAUGAUUAUCGCUGAUGAGGCACACAAGUACAUGACUGAUAGCCCCGCCGCGAAGGCACUUACUGAGACCUUCCUAAACAUUAUCCGACAGCAACGACACUUGGGAGUGCGUCUAAUAAUUUCCACACAGGAGCCGACAGUCUCCCCCCGGUUGAUCGACCUCUGCUCAUUGACUAUUAUCCACCGAUUUACGAGCCCCGAAUGGUACAAGACAAUUGAAAAGCAUAUCCCGAUAGAUAGUGGAAGCACUAGACAGCACGGCGAGCGUGUUCUAGAUGGCUUUCGCCGAAUUGCUAGCCUCCGGACCGGCGAAGCGAUUGUUUUCGCUUCUUCUGCACACCUCGUAGGAGAAGACGGUGCAAUUAUCAAUACGCCACACGAAACCUUCAAGAUGAUGAUCAGGAAUAGGGUUACUUGGGAUGGUGGAAGAACAAUCAUGUGUAUUCGCUGA